CACUUCGUUCGAUCUGGCAAGCUGCGGCAAACGAGAAACAAGUGUCAGUACACAAUAUGGCGGCGCCCAGGAAAGGUUGUCAGUCCAUCGUGUUCCUGAAAACUCGCGUUCGCCCUACGUAAUAUUCGGCGACAACCUCAAAACGAAAGCGUGUCAACGGUGGGCCGUGUGUGUUGGUGUAUCGGCGGCGUGCGCUACGCCCCGGGGAGCGGCAUCGUAGCGAGCCGGGACCUUGACGACGAUGUAAUCAAUCGCCAACUAGUGGCUGAGCCCUGGCAAGGCAGCAGGUAGGCAAGGAGGCGGAUCAGCCAGGAAGAGGUCAGUCAGUCGUUUGAAACGGUGCCUAGUGCGCGGACCUCUGGGUCUUCCUCAGUCAUUUCAUAUCCCCUGAAGAUUCCAGUGCCCCCCGUCGUCAUCCUGUCCAGUGUCGCAGCACGUCCCCCUCUCGUGGGAGACGUCUCCGCGUCUUACGUUGUUCGCUCAUUCGGACUUCGGAAGCCGAAGUCAAAAUCUGCAACGAUGGAUCCCAGGGGAAGUUACGAUGAGCUCUGCAGGCUCUGUGCCUCCUACGACGCAGUCAAGAUGGACCUUUUCGGUCAGGAAGGCAAGAAUCGUCAACUCAUUGACAAAAUACAAGCCUGCCUCCCCUUCAAGAUAGCAGAAGAUGAUCGACUACCAAAGUGUCUUUGCUAUCGAUGCAUGUACAAUUUGGAAAACUUUUACGACUUCAGGACAGCAUGUGUUAAUGCAGUCGCUCUUUUGGAGAGCUUUCUGUCUCCAGAUAACAAUGCAAAUGAUCGCGACAGAAGGAAUCCUUCAGAACAUUAUUCGGAAUUACGUUCGGAACUCCUCAAGGAAAAAGAACAUAUGCCAAUACUCAUUCCCGAAGCCCCCGUAGUCAAUCCAAAUGCAGCUUUGGGUACACCACCCAGACUGAAUUCUGAUGGCGAAGCAGAUAACGACAUUGAGGAAGUUCUUGAGCAAAGUGGCACGGACGAAGCUGCGGACGAUGCCGACGACAGAAAGUCGGAGGAAUACGAGAUGGAUAUGGAAACGAAUCCCAGUGACUUUUUGGAAAUGCCACCAAUGGUCACAGAUGAUGCGGAAGAAAAUGAAACAGCGAACAGCGUUUCCGCUCGAGGACGUGCACGAGAUUCCAGGGGAUUUCAGCACAAAUCUGAGCAGCACGAAGUUUACGUAUGCUCACUUUGUAAUAAGGCCUUCAGUUCAAAAGGCCAUUUGUCCCUUCACGCAAGAAUACACGUCGGCGCAGGUGAUGUUAUCGGUGAAAAGGUUAUCACUGACGAUCACACUUCUUACAAGAGGCCUUAUCAAUGUGACCUCUGUUACAAGGCUUAUUCAACAGCUAAACAUCGGUGGGGUCACGUCUCAACUACUCAUAGAGGUCAUCCUGCGGUGACGUGUAGAUAUUGUUCGCGCAUUUAUUCGACACGAGUCAACCUAGAAGAACACAUCAAAUCCAAGCACACGGGUCUACCACUUCCGUUGGAAGUGCCUGUUUCCUAUGUUCAACCAGAAAACAAAUAUCAGUGCAAGACUUGCCCCAAGAUGUAUACGAACACAACAGACCUUAACAAACACAGUCGAAUCUGCACAGGAAGCCAGCAAAAAGAACUGCCAAAUCAUGAUACAGUCACAGAGAAGGUCAAGAAAAUUCAUCUCGACACGUCAGACAUGUCUAGUAACGACUCGAACAACGAGACUAAAGAUUACAAGAACGCCGAAGCUAAACUUGCAAAAAAUCCUCAGCUCACAAUUCUCAAACAGGCGCUCACCAAAGGUGACAUAUUGAAGAGAAGCUACGACGAAAAAUACAAAACUAGUUCCAAACCCAAAAAGCAAGCCAGAACCGAUACUAGUGAGACUGAUGUACAGAAGCGAUGGUUCUGCGAAACUUGCCCUCAAAAGUUCACCUCUCUCGAGAGCUUUAAAGAACACGAACUUUCACAUGAAGCUGAAAAACCCUACUUUUGUUUGUUAUGCGAGAAAGAUUUCGCCCAGAAAUCUUCCCUAAGUAAUCACAUUGUCACUAUGCAUGGUGUUGAUCCUAAUCCCAUUAUUGAGAGCGAUAGGUGUUUGAAAAAGUCGCUUCUUGCUCAUCAUUGGAAUAAAAAUCCCGAGCCUGUGAACGGGGAACCGAUUCCGGCCAUCAAAAAAGAGGAACUUUUGUCACCUUAUCCCGAAAAAGCUUUGGAAAACGAGGAAGAAAAUCACGAAAGCAACCAGGACAAGAUGAUCGAAAUUGAAACAGUCUUCGUUUGCGAAAUUUGUACUAGAGAUUUUAAUGAUAGAGCAUCAUUGUGGCUUCAUAUCCGAGCCACGCACAAGGAAUGCGCCGCUUUUGCUUGCGGAGUCUGUUUGAAAAUCUGUUCCGACAACGCCCAAUUGCUCAAUCAUGUAAAUAUGUAUCACGGAGGUUCCAAACUUCUCAUGUCUGAACAGAGGCGCUACAGCUGUACAAUUUGCGGCAGACAGCACGAUUCCCGAAAAAAGUUAAUCACCCACGUUUCGAUUCACAACGUGGAUCCCAGUUACGACCCUUCGAGUUUCGUUCAACUCAACAGCAACUAUUACAACGAGAAUCUAAACAGCAACGAAGCUAACGAGCAGCAAGUGAUAGAUGCCGAUGUCGAGGAUGGAGAAAAAGUCGACUGCUAUAUUUGCUACAAAUCAUUCCCCAACGAAGAUCAUCUUAUCAGACAUCAACGAAACGCUCACAAGUCCGAUCCAGCGGUAGCGAUAGGAGAAUCUACAACGAAUGGUAGCGGAAUUGGGCCUAACGGGAAUGGAAAUAGAGCGCAGUAUCAUUUAUUCUUCGUCUGCGAACUUUGCGGCAGUUCUCAUCCCAGUAAAUGGGAACGCUGGCUUCAUGUUUCCAGUGUUCACGGGAACGAACUUGCGAUCAAGUGUGAGAGGGAUGAUUGUGCGAAGAUAUUUGCGACAAAGUCUCUUCGAAAUGAACACGCCCAGCAUCAUUUGAUCCAAGGUAGUUCGCCGAACACCUGCGAGAUCUGUGGGAAAUUGUGGGGAAGUCGAGUAGAUUAUUGGAAGCACGUGAUGGGAGUCCACUCAGACACUGUUCCCCUAAUCUGUGGCGUGUGUCUUAAAGUAUUUCCCAAUGUUCUUCAGUUAAGUUCUCACGUGAAGGUGAAUCACUGGCCCUUGACAAACGGUGAUUUCAGUUGUGAUAUUUGCGGCAGGCCUUAUUCCAAUAAGUCUAAAAUGUCCAGGCACAGAAAGAUUCAUGGCCUUGAUGGCGAGGGUCAUGCGCAUCCGGAUCCUAGUGAAUACAUCAACGAUUCGGUGAGACUGGAUAACGGAGGUGCCGUGGAGGUUGAUUACAGUUGUGAAAUGUGUGGGGAUUUGAAGUUCUUGAACCUGGAAGACCUCUGCAACCAUCGAAGAAUGACGCACAGCCUCUUUCCCUGCGAUUUAUGCAACAAGUGUUAUGGAAGAACUUCGCACUUGUGGAAACAUGUUAAUCGGGUUCACAAGGGUCAUGAGGACGUCACCUGUCGGUUUUGCAUGAAGACGAGCGCCUCGAGGGAUCACUUAGCAGCUCACAUUGCUAAGAUUCACAGAUACGAGCCUGAGGUGAAAAACGACACAAGAGAGUCAACGAAUUUCAAGGUCACAGUUCCCGAGGACGAGAUUCUUCACCACUGUGAGAAAUGUAACAAGGGCUUUCACAAACGGUACUUGCUCCGGCGUCACAUGAAAGGGUGUCAGAACUAUCGAAAGGAUCCUGGCGCACUUUUGACCAGGUGUCGAGCCUGCGAAAGGAUAUUCAAGGAUCGAGCGAGUCUUCAAAAACACAUCGAGAAUCAUCAUAGCAGUUACACUUGUCACUUGUGUAACGAAACGAUAACUUCGAAGCUUGGGAUCAUGACACAUAAUCGGGUUAACCAUAUGGACCAUCCGGAUCUCACAUGUGAGCACAGCAGUUGCAAGAAGCUUUUCCGCACGAAAGAGGAUCUCGAGUCUCAUAAAAAAGAUCACAAGUAUCUCACAAGUCCGAAUGUUUGUGAUUUUUGCGGGGACACUGUUGAAAAUAAACUCAAGUUGAAGAUGCAUGUCUUGUCGCUGCAUCGGAACGAAAUCGGAGUUUCUUGCGGCGUCUGUCUGAUCCCGAUGAAAGACCCGAAGGAUUUGAAGAAACACGUGGAGGACACGCAUGGAAGUAUUCUUUCGAAACCAAAUACUUGUCAGGUUUGUGGAAAGCAGUAUGCGUCAAAGUGGAAAGCCUUUGAUCACACGAAGAAGUGCCAUGGGAAAGUUUUCAAAACCUGCAAACAAUGCUUGGCUGUGUUUAUUACCGAAGAAAGUAUGAAGAACCAUUAUGAACACGUCCAUAACGUUCCUAAAGACCAAUUGGCCACUUUCGAAUACCGUCUGGAAAUCGGACGCAAACGCCAUUACGAUUCCUUGGAAAUUGUGAUGAAAGAAGAGCCAGAGGAAUUGGAAUUCGAUGAGGAACCGAUCGAGGGUUAUACGAAUGAUUAUAAGAGAAGGAUAUCUGACUCUGAUGAUUACGAUGUUCGAGCUGAUUUCUAUAUCAGAGAGAACAACGAACAAGAGGAACCGAUGCGACCUUUGAAGAAGAUGAAGCUAGACUCAAAGACCAAAAAGAAGAUAAAGCAACGGGAAAGCUUCGAGUGCGAGAACUGCAAGAUACAGUUUAACACCAAAAUUAUGUUUUGGAAUCAUAUCAACGUUUGCCCGAAGCGGAAUAUGAUUACCAAGGAGGAUGAUACAAGUUUCCCAACGUCCAUUCUCGAGGCUCAUUUAAAGAAUAAUAAUCUGAUUAAGAGGGAAGAACCGGAGCAGGAACUUGACGAGAAUAAUCUAAACAUUCCAGACUUCAAUCUCUUUGAAGACAUCAACAUGCAGUUGUCGGGUCAGAGACCAGUUCAGAAUCUCUCUCUAAAAUCUUCCUCGAUUAGCAAUAAAUGUUCGAGAAAGGAUUCAAGGAAGGUAUACGAUGAAUCUACAAAUACUGAGUGUACUUGCGAAGUUUGCGGGAAGCAGUGGCCUGCGAAGAAACACCUGUGGCAGCAUUUGAUUCGAUUUCAUCGAGCAGAGGCUGCUGUUACUUGCGGCGUUUGUUUGAAACUCUGCACAACUUAUGAAGACUUGGCUGAUCAUCUGAAAGCUGCUCACGAAGCUUUGUUGUCCUGUGAGGGAAAUAACUUCACCUGCAAGGUUUGCGGAAGGUACCACAAUGCCAGGAGCAAAUUGUUGCUGCAUAUGAGCAUCCACAUAAACUGCAAGAAUAAUCCGAUGUGCAAAAAGUGUAAUCGCAGUUUCGAGACGGAAGCAAAAUUGAAGGAGCAUAUUGGGAAUUGCGAGGGAAGACAGUCGGGAUUGGGAAUGAGACAUGAUGCAGAGGAGGAUGUGAAAAAUGAUAAUGAUAUUGAUGAGAAUGAUGAGAAUGAUGAGAAGGGAAGUUUUAUUGGAGAUGAGGGCGACGAUGGAGACGAGAAAGAAGGAGGUUAUGAAUCGGAGGGAGAGAAGGGUUCUGAUAAUGAAGAUAGCAGUUCGGAUGACUCUGAAGAUUCAGAAACGGAUAGUUCCUCUAGCUCGAGUGAUGAUGAAGAUAAUGGGAAUGCAGAAGAAAAUGAAGUAGCGGUUGGAUCGAGAACUACAAGUAGACUCGGGGAGCUGAGUUGCACGAGUGACAGUGAGGAAGAAGGUUCGGAUAAUUCGGAGGACCUUGAGGAUGCUGAUGAGAUUAAGGCGCAUGUUAGGGUUGAAGACGGGAAAGAAGAAUUAAGGAGUAAAGUAGUUAAAAUGGAAAAUGUGAGAAUUGAGUCGAAUUCAGCGUUGACAGAAUCUGAACCAAAAGAUUCUGCAGCUUCCAGAGGCUUGAAGAAGAAACCGGCGAAGAUGGAAAUAGAGAAUAUGGAUUACUCGGAUGAUGAAGGUCCUCCGGUUUUAAGUCCAAUGAUGCCGUUGUUGCCACCACAAGAGGGAGAGAUGAAUAAUCAGAUGGAUGAGAUAAGUCAUAAAUUGAGUCCUAUGGUGACUUUGGAAACUAAACUGGAAAAGGAAAUGGAAGAUUGUGAGUUUGAAGAUGCAAAUAUCAAAUUACAGGAUCUUGAGGGUAAGGAUAAGAUGAAGAGGGAAAACUUGGAGGGAUCGGAAGAAUCAGAGUCAGAGAGCGAGGAUGAGAAUAAAAUGUGUAUCUACGAGGAAGCUGGGAAUCAAGAGAUUAAACAAGAAGAUCUCACUACGAUCAGUGAUGAGGAAGAAGAUGCAGAAAUGCAGGUAGAAGAGAAGAAAGCGGAAACUGUAGAAGACAAAAGAACAGAAGUAGUUUCUAUAGAAUCCGAAGAUGAAAGUGAAAACGAAGAAGAAGAAGAAGAAGAAGAUGAAGAAUCCGAAGAUGAAAUCGAGGAGGUCCAAAUUAUAAACCACAUCAGUCCCGCAACAAUCGAUCAUUCAGAAACUCUUUCACAAGACUUUGCAGAGGAAAAUUCAGAUCAGGAAGAAGAUGAAGAAGAGGAGGAAAUUGAGGAGGUUGAGGAGAUUGAGGAAGAAGAAGAUGAGGAUGCAGAAGCUGAAGAAGCAGAGGAGGACCUAACAAUCGAAAACGCUCAAGUCGAAGAGGAACUAGCCGAGAAUCAUUCCAUCGUGGAAGAAGAAGUUGCAGUAGAAGAAAGCUACGAAGAUGAACCCAUGGUGGAUGACGAAAUGAACAACGAAGAUCAUUCCAUUCAAAACUUGAAUAAAACCAUCCUCACCGUCGGCAAGGAUUCUGAAGGUAAUCCCAUAUUGAUCCGCGAAGUGGUAACUCAGUAUGCCUACCCGGACGAAUUCGAUUGUGAAUCCGACUAUGCACACCUUCCGCAGGAGAAUAAUUCUCUUUAUAAUGCCCCCGACGGUCAGAGAGUAUCGGAAGAAAACUUUGCUUUAAAUAGUGAUAGUCUCGAUCAAACCACGAAUGAACCGGAAGUCCAGACGGUAGACGAAUUGGCUCAUCACGAGGAGGUGGAAACCGAUGAACAGGUCGAGGACAAAGCUGAUAGUGAUAAUCAAGAGUCAACAACGAGUGCCAAAAGUUAAGUGUCAAAGACUCAGGUAUUUGACGAAGAAGGUGACGUAGAGCUUGAGAGGGACCACGAAGACGUCACUAAACAUUUCUUACGUACCUUACAAAUAUGACUAUUGUAUAGUAGGUUAAUUAAUUAUCUAGGUUAUUAACGUAUGUACAUUUCUCGAUUGUAAGUACGUUGCUUCUGAAAGCAUUUCGCUCGAAAAAGGCCGUAAAAGCGGCGCUUAAAACUCGUACGGGCAUUUUUAGCGUUAAAAAGGAAGUGUGAGGACAAGUGAUUAAAGAAGUCACUUUUUUGUGCUGUGCUCAACUGUCGAUUAUAUUUAUUACAUUCUCCCCAUUAUGCAUUGUGUUGAGAGAUCAAUUUAAAAUAACUUUUAAAGAGACUUUUAGUUUAAAAAUCGUAUUAUAACGUGAACGUGGAGAUGAAUUUUUCACAGCAAUUUGAAAAAUUGGUUUUCAUUUCUUGCUCGUUAAAUUAUGUUCACAGAAUGCAAAAUGAUAUCGAACUGGUAUUUUCAGUCCCUAAAAAACGUAUCUAUAAGAUAUGAAAUUGCAUCGCGAAAUCCGAAAAUCUAGAUUUAUGAAUCGACGUGUGAUGUACGAAUUUGUGAAAGAUGAAUGUGUAUUUAUCCUUUUGAGUUUCUCUUUUAUCUCAAUGAAACUUCCAAUUAUGAAAAGUGGGAAGAGAAAAAUAAGAUUUUUUUUUACAUAACGCUAUUUGUGAUUCUCACUUUUGUUUAAUGCUGUUCGUUCCUCGUGUUCUUUAAUUUCUCAUUUUUUUAAAUGUUCGUUUCUUCUGACGAUUCAAUCUCUCUUUAAGAGUCUAAAUGAUUUGUUGUGCUCUAUGAUUGGGAACUUUUGAAAUCUUAAAUUGUGAAUGUUGUGUCAAUAGAGUAUGAUAUACUCUUUGUGUAUGUAUAUAAUGUAGCAUAAAGCCAACCACGUAAAGUGUUUAGUUUUUAUUAAAUCGUGAAAUCGAUCGUAAAUUCUAUUCUUCACAUUGGAAUGGAAGAGAGAAUAUUUGAGCGAAAUACUUUGAGUUUGCCCGAUUUCCGAGGCAUGUUCCAAUGAUGUUGAUAUCUAUUGAACGCUGCGUGACAUUAAGGUGAUAUUUAUAAGAAAAAUGUAUAUUGUGAUAAGCCACUUGCUAAGCCGAUGUAUAAAGGAUAUAUUAUAAAGACACGAACUUCCGAAUCCAAAUCGACAUGGAUAAAACGCAACCGGCGUCAAAUAGAAUAUUUUAACCACACGGUAAAGUAAUAGUUUAACUUCCCUUUUGAAAAAAAAGAUAUAUAGUUUGACACAGCCGAGGCUAACAGUUGUUAUAUCAGAAACGAAUUUUUGAAUAAAUGCCUGAGGUCAUUUGCACUUA